UCAAAGGCAGACAUUGCCUCGCGCGCAUACAUACGCUUCACAGCACUCGAAAGCCUACUCGCCUUCCACCAAGCUUUUCAAGGGCACGUUUUCCGCGAUGCCAAAGGCCAGGAAUUUGUCGCCAUGGUGGAAUUUGCUCCUCACCAGAAAGUUCCUCCUGUCACUGCUGCCGGCGCCAGUGGCAAGAGACAGAAGGAAGACGCCCGAAUCGGGACGAUUGACGAGGAUCCAGACUACCUCGCUUUCUUCGCAGACUUACAGCGUACGAAAAUCAGCGACGAAGCGGACAGUGAAGCGGUC